UUAUAUUGUUUUUUACCUUAGAAACUAAAAAAAUUACAAACAAUCAAUCACUGUCAAUGAUAUGUUCAGGAAACCAUUUAAAGUUCGAUCAAACACCACAAUACGAGGAUCGGAAAGACGCAAACUUCGAGAAAAUGUUGCUAAAGCGUUUCCACAUUUGUCAUCCAAUGAACUCUCAGAACUCGUUCCAAGUAAAGAUGAAAUGACAGUUAUGAAGAUCUAUACGUACACAGAAAAAAAUAUUACGUGUUAUUGUUUACAAAAAAAUCCAAUAUUUUUCGAAACUGAAGGAUUUCUAUUACCGACAGUAUAUUUGCUGUGGGAGCAUCGAAACUGUUUAAAGCUUUCACUCAAAACAUUCCCGCAUGUGUUUUCAAAGUUGUCUGGAGGAGCUGAUUUAAUGUUUCCUGGCGUCAUCUUUUCCAAAGCUGAGAUCCCAAAUUUUAAUUGUAAUUCUGUUUGCUUCAUAACUUUACAAGGAAACAGUUCUGCUGUUGCAGUAGGAGUCACCACAUGUUCCAGUCAGGAUAUACUCAAUGAUGGUCCACAAGGAAAGAGAGUAACUAUUUAUCAUUGUUUGAACGACCAGUUAUGGGCAAUUGGAAACAAAACUGAUUUACCUGUGAUACCUGAUGUCAGUGUGGAAGGUCAUUCAGUUUCUAUGGAAAACCAAACCGAAAUACCAGCAGAAAUUCCAGAUACGAUCAUUGAGCAGGAUGCAUGUGAUGAUUCUAAAAUUCAGUCUUCAGUAGCACUUUGUAAUGAUGAUUAUACAUGUGACAGUCCUAUUGAAGAACAAAGUGAAAAUCUAACGUUAACACCUCAAGAAGAGAUGGAUAAUCUAAUUGAGAAUUGUUUUUGUCAAGCUGUACUGGAUGCAAAGAAAGUGGAGCUACCAAUUCUUGUCAGUACGUUUUCAAGUCAGUACCUUCACGCUGCAUGUCCAGAUGGAAAACGAAUUGAAGUCAAAAAAUCAUCAUACAAAAAAAUGUCAAAGUUUUUGUCAGAGAUGCAAAGCAGAGGAAUGAUAAAAGUUCAAGAACUUUCAAAAGGUGUAGAAUCUAUAACUGCUAUCACGCUUGAAAAUGAAAUGCUUCGCUGUUAUAAAUCAUCAGACUUUGCUCAUGUAAUGAAAGAAACAAAGGAACUUAAACUGGUAGAGGAGCAAGAAACAACAAGAAGUAACAAAAGUAUAGAAAUCAAAGAGUUGUAUGGAGUAUCUGCGAAAACGAAUCCCUUCUUUAAGCUUGUUGGAUUGAAUAAAGGUAAUGCAUUGUCGUCAUCUGAAGUUCGAAAGUUUAUUACUGAAUAUGUGAAAGAGAAGGAACUGAUGAACUUGCGAAACAAGAAGAAAGUCAACUUAGACGCAUUACUGACCGAUGUUUUGUUUGGUAAAAAGGAUUAUGAAGAAUCUCUCACAUGGGAUCAACUACUUACCAGAAUGUUGGACAACAUGAAUAUGUGUCAUGAAGUUACUCUUCCUGGAAAGAAACCAAUCAUCAAAAAAGGAAAGAUGGGAAUGAUUGAAGUUUCAGUUGAACAGAGGAUGGGAAAUAAAAAGGUAACUAUCGUGAAGAACCUGGAAUCAUUUGGUGUCGAUGUCAAAGCUUUUGCACAAGACUUGCAGCAAGCCGCUGCUUCUAGUACUUCAGUGAAUUUAUCGCCUGGCAAAAAUAGCAACACCCAUUUUGUUUUGGUGCAAGGCAUUCAAACUAAACAUAUUAAGAAUUUGCUAGAAACUUAUAAAAUCCCGAAAAAGUAUUUGAAAGGAUUGGAUGUAAAAGACAAAAAAAGGUGAUCACAAAUCGAGAAAAAAAAUAUCAAAAACAUCAGACACGUUGAAUUCGUUACCUGAUGGGAUAAAUUAUGGUGCGUGCAGAAGCGUGGGUGACAGUCAUUGGGUGGUUGCUAUGAAAAAAAGACGGCAGCCACCGACGGUUGCUUUGAAAAAGACAGGUGGCACGGUUGGUUGCUAUGAAAAAGACGGCAGCCACCGAUGGUUGCUAUGAAAAGAGACGGCAGACAUGGGUAGUUGCUAAAAAAGAGAAGACAAGUUAGAUAUAUUCCAAACAAUUUAUUUCUCAUCACAAAAUCAUCAUUUCGGAAAUAUCGCUUCUUUCUCCUGCUUAUAAUAUUGAAAACGUCAACACUAUUUUCACAGAUUUUAAAUGAUUAAAUUCAAAUGCGCGGAAAACCAGAAAGUUAAUGUCGCCAUUAAACUUUCGCUAAAAGUUGCUGUCCGGGAUAAUAUAUUUUUUCUGAUUCUUUUUAUUUAUUGUCAUAUGAUUAGAGAAAA